AUGAAAUCAGCAGGACCAGAAUAUACUCGAUCUUCAGUCCAACCGGUAUUCCCCUCCUGGAUCCUGUAUGGAAUCAGUCUCUUCAUCCUGGGUCUAUUUUUGGCCGUUCAUUACAUCAGACGCCGCCACCAAGCCCAUUUUGUAUACCUCGACGAGCUCGACCUGUGGUCUCCAUCCUGCGCCAUGGAGAAAGCAUUGAUCAAAUCUCACUCUUCACCCUCGGCCUGCGAUAUCUUGAUCCCACUUUCGCGGAAUGGCACUUUUCCAAGUAGUGGAGCCGUCGCCGCCAUGGCGCGAGAGCAAAUGCAGAACGCAGACGCAUGUUCACCGGGGGCCUCCAAGGCCGAGAUCCCGACCCAAGAUGAACAAAGUGAUAGUGAGGCGAGUGGGUCGGUGCAGAGACGCGAGUCUGCACAGCAGAUGCAGGAGGCGGAUACCAGCGGGGUGCGGACUUGGAGGCGUCUGAUCGUCGAGUAUAGCUAG